UCUAACCUCAUCAAGACUACAGUCUGUCUGCUCAUUUCCUUCCUUCAGUUCUUGACUCAGUUCAAGGAAAUAGCUCCUUCUGAGAGCUGACCCGCCUUCAUAAUAUGAACUAUACAGCACACACGCUGGUUGCUCAAUCCUCUCCUCUUAAUUUAUUUAAAAGAAGCCAUGAAGGACAUACUUGUACUACUGGUUCUGCUGUGUGUCCAAACUGCUAAGGUCUGCUCCCUGCCUUAUGAGGCAGACUCGGAGGGAAAUUGCCGUAACACACCAACAGAGUACCUUGCAGAUGGUUCCAACUUGUGCUGUAAGAAGUGCCCACCGGGGCACCGACUGAUACAACAGUGCACUAAUGAAAAUGACAGUAUAUGUGAACCAUGUGGACCAAACUUGUACAUGGAGAACUGGAACUUCGCUUCAAACUGUCUCAGGUGCACUGAAUGCAAAUCAAGAAAAGGCCUUCAGAAUGCCCAGGAGUGCACUUCUACGAUUAACUCCAUGUGUGUUUGCCAGCCUGGGAAGUUCUGUCAGAUGGGAUUCAAUAAGCCAUACUGCGAAGACUGUAGGCAGUACAGACAGUGCAAAGCUGGUUUCGGUGUGAUUGUGGCAGGAACGCAAAGCACUGAUGUUAAAUGUGAAAAGUGCCCACACGGGACAUUCUCCAGCCAUGCCUCUGACACCGAUCGCUGUAAGCCUCAUAAAAACUGUAACGGGAGGUCUGUUGUUAGAAAAGGUGAUGUUAUCUCAGACACCGUAUGUGAAGAGCAAAACACACCGACAUGGCUUUCUACUGAGUCUGUGGUCACAACUGCAAGUACAAUGAAGACCACAAUCGGUGCAAACGUAGUCUCAACAGUGCCAUAUGGAACAAGUGGCUCAACUAAGUCUGUCAGAUCUUCUGUUACAGUCAGAGAUUUUAACACAGCAACAUAUAUGAUGACAGCUGCACCUGACAGUGACCGAAGUAUGACUACAAAAAUCAAACUAAUAAUCGUUGGAGUCAUUGGGUUCCUCCUCAUCUUCUUCUUGCUCCUGUUGUUCCUUUUUAAAGGAAAAUGGAGAAGAGGUUCUGUCAGAAUUCUUCCAAAAAUAGAUGCAAAUGGAAACCAUGAGAGUGCAGAAAAAGUAAGACAGAACCAUAUGAAGGCACGUCAGGGGACAUCUUUAACUGUUACCCCAGAACAAGUCUGUCUGCUUGAGAAUGGGAAGACUAGUAGCAACCCAAGUCAGUGCAGCAACAACUCUGAAACUUCAACCAGAACAGAUAAAUAUAGCAGCCACGAGUCAAUCAGCCCUUUACAACCCACUUUAGCUGUUGACAAUGAAACCUCUGCCCUGUCGGAGCCCUUGACUUUACUGUCGAACAUAGAGCCUGCCACUCCCCCUCCCAGCAUCACAGCACAAUCUUCCUCUCAACCCACCAGUCCACAGAUCAUCAGCCCAGUGACGAACAGCCCCCAUGUCAAUGUCAACAUCACUUUGCACAUAGGAAAUGGGUCUUGUGGGGCCCCGUCUUUCAUUCCCACAGACUUGAGGCAAGCAGAAUGUCAACUUCCGUUUGGAGAGGAAGAGGAGUCCUUCAGCACCCCGCAGCAAGAAGCAGGCAAGCAGAUGUUGAUGUCUGUGCAGGAGGAAAGUGCCAGUUUCAAUUCAUGAAGACUCAUCUACCUAAAAGACUUAUGAAUGUCCUUAUAAAAAAUGCCCUUGUACUGCAGAACCAGAAGGCUAAAUCCUUUGCCCUAUUUUCAUGUCAAAUACUUGUUUUUAUAUGUGUAUAUAGUAUGCUGUACAGAAAUAUGUGAAUAUAAAUCCCUUCCCCAAUGUAGGAAUAUGCAUCAAAAGUGAGGAAACAAUGUAAAUUUUGAGUAAAAUGAUUAGCUAACUGCUUUUAUUGCUUUUAUAUGUCAAAUGUCUCUAAGUCAUUUGGGACGGGGUGGCCAUGCCAAUGUCAUAUCAUUAAAAGUAUGGAAGAGAGGAAAGUUUGGCCAACAGAAACUAUAGUCCUUCUGUCCUUUAUGAGUGAUGAUGGAUCUAAGAGCCACAAGAAGGGCCAGGAAUAAGGCCAAUAUCCAUGCACAAAUCUUCCUCAGUGAAGUGUGUAUUUACCAUCCAAUGGCAUUUUAAACCAAGAUUUGUUAUGUAUAAUUUGGAAAUUGUUCUGCACUUUAUGUUCUUUAAAAAUAUAGAAAAAUGGGACCUAGGAAUUCUGAAAUCUGAUUUCCAAUGAAUGCACCAUCAUUCUGCCUUUUAGUCCUUUUUUAAGAUGCUGGAUUUAUGUCUAUUCAGAAGUACUUGUUUCUCAUUUUACAAGUUGUAUUUUCUAUUUUUUGUUGUCUUGUUUCUCACAAAAUAUAAGUACAGUCUAUAUUUGUAAAGAAGUUCAUACUUCUUUCUGAAUAGUCAAGCUGUCAGUGACUGGAUUGGGACACUUAGAUUCAUUCAGAUGUCAGAAUUGGCACAUUUGGCGCACAAUUGGAUCCACCCAUUUUUAUGAGACAUGUAGUUGUUUACUUGCAUUUUGUUAUUUCGAAGAUUUGCAUUAUAAAGUGUGUACUAACCCCCA